GCGACUUUUCACAGAGGCUCUGUCUCUGAGCUUGACCAAUACAACUCUGCGAUGUACCCACCGGCCGACUUCCUGUCGCUUCUUUUUAAUUCCCCUCGUGGUAGCGAUGCGACAACAUAUCACUGGGAGAUGGGCACCAACUUCUCGCUUGCGAAAGUAAAAGAAAUGGCGUUUGCUCUUCUGGAUGGCUCGGUGCAUGGAACCACCAGACUGCUGUACAUGCUAUCCGUCAAUUGUGUCGCCUAUACAUUUUUGACAGCCAUGGAUGUCGAUGAGCAAGAUAAUAUCAAUGUGGAGCUAAAUAUGGCGGCACAAGCAAAGUAUUUGAGGAAUAUUGAGUGUGCACUACAACAUGUAGACACACAGCCUCGCCGAGAUCCACUCCUCUUUCAAGCCCUCUUGAGCGCUGCCAUGGUAAUGCAAGACGCGGGAUAUAUGCGUCGCUGCUGGCGACUGAACUGGGCAGCCUGUGGUGUAGGCGCUCUCCUCGACGAGGAUUGGUUUAGGCAGUCUACACUACCCGCUGAGGAGCUUGUGCAAAUUCGCAUUGCGUUAAUGAAGUGCUACAUACAUGACAGAGCGCUAUCUACUGAUUUCAGUCAGCCAUCCAGCUUGAUGGAUCUUCCUAUCAGUACCGAUCUGUUGGACCAGGAGAAACCAUGCGAUGCCAUGUUACUGACCAUGGUUGAUAUUGCGAAAGUCACCGACGCUCUAUUCCGCGAGGCCCGCGCAUAUAGUGCGGCCGGUGAAAGACAGAUCAACAAAACCAUGGUUCAAGAGCAAGUCAAAGUCCUGCAGGGGAUAAUGGCAAGAUCAGAUGAGUUUAGAAAUCGGCCUCCGGCUUCAACCGAUCCAUAUCUCAUCUCAGAGUGGGCUGCUAUUGACUUUAUCUACUUCUCAAUGAUGGCGAGUCUUGUACGGUUGAGUGCAGGCGAUGCACGCUCAACAGAUCAGGAGGGUCUUCACCAUGCCCGUAACGCCCUGUCAUCCUUGCUACAAUUACUCAAAUGCGCCACAGUUUCGUCUUCAUACAGAAUGAAGGCUCUGGCUUCUGUCUGCUGGGUCGUGCCACUCUUUACGCUCCGCCCUGUUUUCUUUCUCUUCCGAAGUAUGGUCAUUUUCUCGGAUGCCCUGGAUCUGAAACUGAUGCAAGAUGUGUCGGAGAAGCUGGGUUUACUCGCUCCCUCGCGUCAUUGUCUUGCAGCACUUCAUCAACUAUGUAAAUCUUUGGUCGACAUGUAUGCCGGAUUUGCGGAGAGGGCGAUUUAUCAGCGGCAUCGGCAAAUUCCUACGAACAGGCCACUAGUAGGUCAACCACCAGCAGCUUUGCCUAUAGCAGCUUUUCAACAAGCUCCUUCCCAGAUGCAGCUCAAUAGUUCUGGCCACACAGAGAAUGUGUUCUUGGGAAGGCUGCUGGAUGGUUCUUCGCAAGACUUUGGAUCGGACCUUUUAGACUUAUUUGACUGGCCUGGCAUGGAGAUGAUAGAUUUUUGAUAUUUCUGGGCGGAAAUCAUCGCAGAAAGAAAGAAUUGGCAAGUAUAUAUUCUGUAUCUGACCACUUGUGUAAAGACAAUUCAGAGGCUGGAACAUCAGAUCCUCAUCUCAAAUCCUUUUGAUCAUAAUCUCGGCAUCUGGAUCAG